GCGACAGACAGGCAGGGGCGGGCGCGGGGCGGUUGGUUGGAGCGUCGCCGCAGUCGAAAGGUCCGGGAAAGUUUCUUUGGAGAUCCGGCCCCUGAGCGGCCAUGUCCCACGGCCCCAAGCAGCCCGGCGCGGCCGCCGCACCGGCGGGCGGCAAGGCUCCUCCGGGCCAGCAUGGGGGCUUCGUGGUGGCUGUCAAGCAGGAGCGCGGCGAGGCUCCCCGGGCCGGCGAGAAGGCGUCCCCGGAGGAGGAGCCUGUGAAGAAACGUGGCUGGCCCAAGGGUAAGAAGCGGAAGAAGAUUCUGCCCAAUGGUCCCAAGGCCCCUGUUACUGGCUACGUGCGCUUCUUGAACGAGAGGCGGGAGCAGAUCCGGACUCGCCACCCAGACCUGCCCUUCCCGGAGAUCACCAAGAUGUUGGGCGCCGAGUGGAGCAAACUGCAGCCUGCAGAGAAGCAGAGGUACCUGGAUGAGGCAGAGAAGGAGAAGCAGCAGUAUCUGAAGGAACUGCGGGCCUACCAGCAAUCAGAGGCCUACAAAGUGUGCAGCGAGAAGAUUCAAGAGAAGAAGAUAAAAAAAGAGGACUCGGGCUCCGGGCUCAUGAACACGCUCUUGAACGGACACAAGGGUGGGGACUGCGAUGGCUUCUCCACCUUCGACGUUCCCAUCUUUACUGAAGAGUUCCUAGACCAAAACAAAGCGCGGGAGGCGGAGCUGCGGCGACUGCGGAAGAUGAACGUGGCCUUCGAGGAGCAGAACGCCGUCCUGCAGAGACACACGCAGAGCAUGAGCAGCGCGCGCGAGCGCCUGGAACAGGAGCUGGCGCUGGAGGAGCGCAGGACGCUGGCGCUGCAGCAGCAGCUCCAGGCCGUGCGCCAGGCGCUCACCGCCAGCUUCGCCUCGCUGCCGGUGCCGGGCACCGGCGAGACGCCGACGCUCAGCACCCUGGACUUCUACAUGGCGCGGCUGCACGGCGCCAUCGAGCGCGACCCGGCGCAGCACGAGAGGCUCAUCGUCCGCAUCAAGGAGAUCCUGGCCCAGGUCGCCAGCGAGCACCUGUGAGGGCUGAGCCCGCACCGAGGAGCGGCUCCGGCCGACGCCCUUCCCCGCACAGGACGGAGGAGACGCCGCGGGUCCAACUUCGGGGCCCCGCCCCCAUGCUGCACCUUUGGGGAUCCACCCCCCCUAAAAUUAAGCUUCUACGGCAUCCCCCCAAGCUUUCAGCGCCCCCCAGCUCCCUGAACCCAGAGAAAGCACGGGCCGUUGUUGAUGUACCCAGAAGACCCUGGAGCCCGGCCCGCUCACCUCCCAGCCGGGCCGCACACGGGGGGGGGGGGGGGGGGGGUCCCCCAGGCUCCCGGACCUGAGGUGGCCCCGGGGGCUGGGCCGUCCAGGAGGCGCUCAGGCGCCAGCGUUUGGAAUAAGUUGAUUUGUGUUUGAAAUAAAAAGUUGAUUUGCGUUCUAAA